CUGACCAACAAUACAGGCUACAUCGUCUCGCCCUAUUAUCCUGGUUACUAUGACAACAAUGUCAGAUGUACGUCGACAAUCAAGGCGAGCAAAGGUCACGUGAUUCGUUUGGAAUUUAAAGCAUUUGAAAUGGAGUUGAGCCCGCGAUGUUCAGCUGACUUCGUAGAAGUGUAUGAUGGAGAGGAAGCCUUGUCGACUUUCCGUGUUGGUCGGUACUGUGGAUCAAGAUAUCCACAAAUAAUCGAGUCGCAGUCAGACACGAUCAAGAUAAUAUUCAGUUCUAAUAAAAACGUUACGCGAUCCGGAUUCAAAGCUUAUUAUCAGAUAAUAAAAGAUACAGAAGGUGACGGCUGUGUUCAAGACUGUCCUUUUUCAUGUACCUGUGGAAGGGAAACAAAUGGUAGUGGAAUUAUAGUAACUUCGCUUCAAUUGAGGUCCAUUCCAGACAGAUUGCCUAAGAACACUAAAGCCAUCUUAUUUUCAGGAAAUAAGAUUUACCAGGUGAAAAGUAAUGCAUUCGUCAAACUAAGUUAUCUGUCAUUGAUUGAGUUGAGCUUUAAUCAUAUAUUUGUGGUCGAAGAAAUGUCUUUUGUAAACUUACCAUCGUUAAAGACAUUACGACUUAAUGGGAAUUUCAUUAAAGACGUUUUGAAAAACAUGUUUAGUGGUCUGGAGAAACUUGAAGCAAUAGAUCUUGGGGACAAUUUAAUUUCCAAUAUCUGGUCGGAUGCUYUUUCUGGUUUUCCAGGUCUUCGUGCUCUGAGCCUUCGUAGUAACCAAAUAAAGGGACUCGAUGAAUGGUCAUUUCAAAAUAACACAAAUUUGACAUAUCUAUAUCUUCAAGAUAAUCUGCUGAAGUCGAUUCCUGCUGGAAUUUUCCGUCACCAAAAGUACCUUGAGAUCAU